AUGUAUGAUUGCGCGUCUCCAUCUGGCGGCUCACCUGCCCCUCCCGGUCAAGCACUUUCAGCUCUCUUGCACUAUGAAGCCGGUUGGACGAGCGAAAUCCCAUUAGAGCUCCUAGAGGUUGCAUCAGAGGAGGAAGCCUUUCUCUCUCGUGCCGAGGGGGAGGCAGAGACCGAAGGAUCGUCGCCUGAUCCAUCGGUUCCCAUUCCAGACGCUCCUUUCCCACCUGAACUCUGUCGGUUUCUAGACCGACCUAUUCUCAAUCUCAUGUUGGUCAGAAAGAACGGGGAUAAAGGUUUUAAAUCGUCCGCAUCUCCUCGCGAUAAAAUUGGAUUGAACAUGGGUCAUGGUAGCGUGGAUUACACCUGUUCCUCGACUGCAGGUGCAGCGUCGGGGGUUUCUGCACCUACGCUUCAUGAAGGUCUCGGUGACAAACCUUCCCUUCCUGUACCAAGUCAUGCUGUCCUUGGCCAUCUUUGUACGAGUGCUAUCAAGAACGGAGUGGUUGGAUUAGCGUCUACGUCGCGAUACAAGGGUAAAUUCAUGACGACGGUUUAUUAUAGACCUUUGACUUGA